CUCUCCUCUUCAUAAGCCCGGACCUGACAUCCAUUCCCUGCCGGAUCGUUAGCCAUGAACAACAGUAUGUCGUGCCAUAGUAUCAGCCUCAAGUUGGAUAGAAUUUGUUUUGUUGUUUUUUUACGUAUUGCUUGCCUUAAACUUACCUCAGUUUGUUCUGUCUUCAGUUACUCACCCGGAUCAUUUACUCCAUUCCCGCCUGGUCGUCGGAGGAUUCCGCUACCCCAUUGGAUCCACCUAUUUACUCCCAUCAACUCACCACCGCUGCCCGCUACGCCACCUGGAUAUAUCUACCCAUUCACAUUCACUUGUAAAUAAAUACUCACCUUCUUCCUACUCUCCUUGUCCUGGUCUGCUUCUGGGUUCGAUUUUGAAAGAACGUGACAGUCAGAGUGCAGUAUAAUUGCAGUAUAAGAGCAGUAUGCAGCAACUAUUGCACCCGAAAUCACACAGCCGACUGCAGUUACUGAACUUUUACUGCAGUUUCAAAACGGCAAUCUGCAUUCUACUGGCUUGGUCUCUCUUCAGACUCUGGCUGUAGAUUGUUCCUGCUCGGGUCCUCUGGAAAAAAAGCACCCUAUGCAAAACAUUACCAACCAUACGAGCAUGAAAAGGCAAUACUUUCUGGCAGGCCGAUUUACCUAUCAUCAAAAAUAAGUUCCUCUUUAUACAACCACUCUCAACUCAGUGACAUUUUGGGACUGGUAUAGGCCUUAUGUAACAGUAUAAUUUUAAACUGUCCCCUCGCCCAUACCCGGGCGCGAACCGGGGACCUUCUGCACACAUCAACAACAGUCACCCACGAAGCAUCGUUACCCAUCGCAACUACUACUUCAAGGUCUCAGAGCAAGUGACGUAACCGAUUGAAACGCUAUUUAGCGCACACCGCUAAGCUAGCCGUUUCACAUCCGUUACACUUACUAACCAAAUUCAUACAGUAGGCUUUGUUAUGACGAUGUUAUGAAUAACAUUCAGACAGGUCACAGAUAUUAUCUAAAAUAAACAAAAACUAGUUGUUUCACAAAUGUACAGAGUUCCGCAGAGGUCUUGUUGCCUACUCAGGAAAGACGUUAGAUGUUUUUCUUAAUUCAGGGGGGCAGGAUACAAAAGCGGUAGAUCGAUAUUGAAAAUGGAAGGAUCAGCGACGCGCACUGUGAUAACGUCUACAAGCAGCAGCACGGAAAACUUUUCCACCUCUACUCUGGUUUACGACAGGCAGUUUCUUCGCACUGCUUCGGGGCUCCUCGUUUUCGCAGAAAUAGUGUUUGGUCUGCUGGUAUGGAUUCUGAUAGCAGGGACGGAGUACUUCCGUGUGUCUGCCUUUGGGUGGGUCAUGUUUGUGGCCAUCUUGUACUGGGUCCUGACGGUCAUCUUCCUCAUCAUCUACCUGACCAUGGCUUACAACAGGAUCCCUCAGGUCCCCUGGACAACUGUGGGUCUGUUCUUCAACAGUAGUGCUACAGUGAUGUAUGUGGUGUUAGCAGCAGUGGACGCAGCCUCAAUCAGCCAUGCUGUUAAGGGACGCCAUAACUACAACUGCUGGGUAGCAUCCACAUUCUUUGCCUUCCUGGCCACGCUCUGCUAUGCAGGAAGUACAUAUUUAAGUUUUAAAUUCUGGCGCUCGAGGGAUGAGGAACAAUAACCAAUCACAAAGGACAGCUAAAGUAUAUCCGUUAUGGAGCGCAUGAAGGAUCUUGAAAAGUACACAUGGUUAAGUGUAAUAACCACUCCUUCCCUUUGGAAGGCAUUUCUCUUUUAUUUGAUUCUGUUAUAUUUCUGUUAUAUUUCUGUUAUUUUAGAGUUAUGGUGUGUUUCAUCUGUUGGAAUGACAGAGCCUGAACCUCAGUAGUGUUUUUACUUCUUAUUCACUCAUGAGUUAAAAAAAAAAUACAUUUGAAUGAAAAUGACUGAUGCUAAUAAAGUGUCUAUUCUGUUUUUCUGAAGCUGGAGAUCAAAGCUUUAACUCCAAUAUAAAAAUGGAUUGGACAGUAAUGUUGUCCCACACUAGAUGGUGCUACAAUACAAGGCUAAGAAAUAGGGCUGAUGAAGAACAUUACAGUCAAUUCUCUUUUUGAUUAUUCAAAAAAAUGAUCAUAUACGAAUAAUACAUUUCACUAAUAGGAGUCAGCUACACUGAACAAAAAUUUAAAUGCAACAUGCAACUAAUUUAAAAGAUUUUACUGAGUUAUGGUUCAUAUAAGGAUAUCAGUCAAUUGAAAUAAAUUCAUUAGGCCCUAAUCUAUGGAUUUCACAAAACUGGAAAUACAGAUAUGCAUCUGUUGGUCACAGAUACCUUAAAAAUAAGUAGGGACGUGGCUCAGAAAACCAGUCAGUAUCUGGUGUGACCACCAUUUGCAUAAAGUUGAUCAGGCUGUUGAUUGUGUCCUGUGGAACUUCAAUGGAGUGGGACAAAAAUCCAAGAUGGCGUAGCAGUCAGCCGUCUUUGUCUUGUCGUGUCCCGUGUAUAUCUAUUUUUUUCUUUGUAUAUAUUUCUUAUAUAUUUUUAAUAUUUUUAACCAUCUAUUUCAGCAUAAUCCUGCAACCCGCCUCACCCAAUGUGGAAUGGAUCUGCUAUUUUCUAUACUUUAGAACCGGAACCCCCAACAGAAGCUAGCCAGCUAACUAGCUAAUAGUCAGUUAGCCACUGCUAGCGGUUAUCAGCUAACCUCAGCCCGAUCAACUCCCACCAGUCUGCACAGGGCGAUUCAACCCAAAGCAUAUCAGACUGCUUUUUUCUCUACCACAUCUCCACAUCUCUGGAUUCCUACCGCAAGCUCAGAACCUUUUCACCUGGAUCAUCACAGCUAGCUAGCUGCUAUCCGAGUGGCUACUCCUGGCUAAUGUCUCUGUCUCCGAAGCAAGCACCAGUUUGCCUGGAGCUAGCCUCGUGCUAGGCCCAUCUCCCGGCUAGCUGAAGAGGUCCAUCAGCCACCUCUUGGGCUACAAUAGAUAUUUUGCCAAUUGGCCUGGACCAUUUUACUGCCUACACAGAGCCCUGCCAUCAUGACUGGUCUGCCGACGUAACCGUCCAAGGGCGCUUCAACAGACUCUUCCGUCGCGACGUCCCCCUAAGGCCUUUCUGCUAGCUUGCUAGCCCCGGCCUGCUAGCUGUCUGAAUCGCCGUGUUUCCAGCUUGGCUAGCUACUCACUGGACCAUAUGAUAACUCGGCUACGCAUGCCUCUUCCUAAUGUCAAUAUACCUUGUCCAUUGCUGUUUUGGUUAGUGAUUGUCUUAUUUCACUGUAGAGCCUCCAGCCCUGCUCAAUAUGCCUUAGCUAGCCUUUUGUUUCACCUCCCACACAUGUGGUAACCUCACCUGGUUUAAGUGGUGUCUUUAGAGACAAAACCUCUCUCAUCGUCACUCAGUGCCUAGGUUUACCUCCACUGUAUUCACAUCCUACCAUACCCUUGUUCGUACAUUAUGCCUUGAAUCUAUUCUUCUGCGCCCAGAAACCUGCUCCUUUUACUCUUUGUUCCAAAAGCACUAGACGACCAGUUCUAAUAGACUUUAGCCAUACCCUUAUCCUACUCCUCCUCUGUUCCUCUGGUGAUGUAAAGGUUAAUCCAAGCCCUGCAGCACCUAACUCCACUCCCAUUCCCCAGGCGCUCUCGUUUGUUGACUUCUGUAACUGUAAAAGCCUUGGCAUGUUAACAUUCGAAGCCUCCUCCCUAAGUUUGUUUUAUUCACUGUUUUAGCACACUCUGCCAACCCGGAUGUCCUAGCCGUGUCUGAAUCCUGGCUUAGGAAGGCCACCAAAAAUCCUGAAAUUUCCAUCCCAAACUAUAACAUUUUCCGACAAGAUAGAACUACCAAAGGGGGCGGAGUUGCAAUCUACUGCAGAGAUAGCCUACAGAGUUCUGUCAUACUAUCCAGGUCUGUGCCCAAACAAUUUGAGCUUCUAUUGUUUUUAAAUCCACCUUUCCAGAAACAAGUCUCUCACCGUUGCCGCUUGUUAUAGACCACCUUCAGCACCUAGCUAUGCCCUGGACACCAUAUGUGAACUGUUUGCCCCCCAUCUAUCUUCAGAACUCGUACUGUUAGGUGACCUAAACUGGGACAUUCUUAACACCCCAGCCAUCUUACAAUCUAAGCUAGAUGCCCUCAAUCUCACACAAAUUAUCAAUGAACCUAUCAGGUACAACCCCAAAUCCAUAAACACGGGCCCCCUCACAGAUGUCAUUCUAACCAACCUGCCCUCUAAAUACACCUCUGCUGUCUUCAACCGUUGCCGUUCUUCACUGCCUCAUUGCCUGUGUUCGUAAUAGGUCUGCGGUCAAACAACCACCCCUCAUCACUGUCAAACGCUCCCUAAAACACUUCAGCAAGCAGGCCUUUCUAAUCGACCUGGCCCGGGUAUCCUGGAAGGAUAUUGACCUCAUUCCGUCAGUAGAGGAUGCCUGGUUAUUCUUUAAAAGGGCUUUCCUCACCAUCUUAAAUAAGCAUGCCUCAUUCAAAUAAAUUUAAACCAGGGACAGAUAUAGCCCAUGGUUCACUGCCAGCACAAAAACAUCCUGUGACGUACUGCAUUAGCAUCGAAUAGGCCCUGGGAUAUGCAACUUUUCAGGGAAGUUAGGAACCAAUAUACGCAGGCAGUUAGGAAAGCUAAGGCUAGCUUUUUCAAACAGAAAUGUGCAUCCUGUAGCACAAACUCCAAAAAGUUCUGUGACACUGUAAUGUCCAUGGAGAAUAAGAGAACCUCCUCUCAGCUGCCCACUGCACUGAGGCUAGGAAACACUGACACCACCAAUAAAUCCACGAUAAUUGAGAAUUUCAAUAAGCAUUUUUCUACGUCUGGCUAUGCUUUACACCUGGCUACCCCGGUCAACAGCUCUGCACCCCCCCACAGCAACAUGCCUAAGCCUCCCCAUUUCUCCAUCAACCAAAUCCAGAUAGCUGAUGUUAGCUGCAAAAUCUGGACCCCUACAUAUCAGUUGGGCUAGACAAUCUGGACCCUCUCUUUCUAAAAUGAUCUGCCGCAAUUGUUGCAACCCAUAUCACUAGCCUGUUCAACCUCUAUUUCAUAUCGUCUGAGAUCCCCAAAGAUUGGAGAGCUGCCGCUGUCAUCCCCCUCUUCAAAGGGGAAUCUAUCCUACCCUGUCUUUUAAGGUCUUCGAAAUCCAAGUUAACAAACAGAUCACCGACCAUUUUGAAUCCCACCAUACCUUCUCCGCUUUGCAAUCUGGUUUCCGAGCUGGUCAUGGGUGCACCUCAGCCACGCUUAAGGUCUUAAACGAUAUCAUAACUGCCAUCGAUAAAAGACAAUACUGUUCAGCCGUAUUCAUCGUCCUGGCCAAGGUUUUCGACUCUGUCAAUCACCACAUUCUUAUCGGCAGACUCAACAGCCUUGGUUUCUCAAAUGACUGCUUUGCCUGGUUCACCAACUACUUCUCAGACAGAGUUCAGUCUCAAAUCGGAGGGCCUGUUGUCCGGACCUCUGGCUGUCUCUAUACAUCAAUGAUGUCACUCUUGCUGCUGGUGAUUCUCUGAUCCACCUCUAUGCAGAUGACACCAUUCUGUAUACGUCUGUCCCUUUUUUUGGACACUCUGUUAACUAUCUUCCAGACAGGCUUCAAUGUCAUACAACUCUCCUUCCGUGGCCUCCAACUGCUCUUAAAUGCAAGUAAACUAAAUGCAUGCUCUUCAACCGAUCGCUGCCCGCACCUGUCCGCCUGUCUAGCAUCACUACUCUGGACGGUUCUGACUUAGAAUAUGUGGACAACUACAAAUACCUAGGUGUCUGGUUAGACUGUAAAUUCUCCUUCCAGACUCACAUUAAGCACCUCCAAUCCAAAAUUAAAUCUAGAAUCGGCUUCCUAUUUCGUAAACAAAGCAUCCUUCACUCAUGCUGGCAAAAAUACCCUCGUAAAACUGACUAUCCUACCGAUCCUUGACUUCGGCGAUGUCAUUUACAAAUAGCUUCCAACCCUCUACUCAGCAAGUUGGAUGCAGUCUAUCACAGUGCCAUCCGUUUUGUCACCAAAGCCCAUAUACUACCCACCACUGCGACCUGUAUGAUCUCGUUGGCUUGCCCUCGCUUCAUAUUCGUCUCCAACCCCACUGGCUCCAGGUCAUCUAUAAGUCUUUGCUAGGUAAAGCCCCCCCCCUUAUCUCAGCUCACUGGUCACCAUAGCAGCACCCACCCAUAGCACGCACUCCAGCAGGUGUAUUUCACUGGUCACCCCCAAAGCCAAUUCCUCCUUUGGCUGCCUUUCCUUCCAGUUCUCUGCUGCAAAUGACUGGAACGAAUUGCAAAAGUCACUGAAGCUGGAGACUCAUAUCUCCCUCUCUAACUUUAACCAUCAGCUGUCAGAGCAGCUUGCAGAUCAUUGCACCUGUACAUAGCCCAUCUGUAAAAAGCCCAUCCAACUAUCUCAUCUCCAUAUUUUUUAUUUUUUAUUUGUGCUCCUUUGCACCCCAGUAUCUCUACUUGCACAUUCAUCUUCUGCACAUCUAUCACUCCAGUGUUUAAUUGCUAAAUUGUAAUUACUUCGCCACUACGGCCUAUUUAUUGCCUUACCUCCCUAAUCUUACCUCAUUUGCAUACACUGUAGACUUUUCUAUUGUGUUAUUGACUGUAUGUUUGCUUAUUCCAUGUGUAACUCUGUGUUGGUGUUUGUGUUGCACUGCUAUGCUUUAUCUUGGCCAGGUCGCAGUUGUAAAUGAGAACUUGUUCUCAACUGGCCUACCUGGUAAAAUAAAGGUGAAAUAAAAAUAAAAACUAAUAAUAAAAAUGGC